AUGAUGAAUCUACCAUGUUAUACCCCAAUCACAGAUUGUGACAUUCGAAUGGAGUGGUUCCUGACCGAAAAGUUCGGCCUUGAACAUGAAACAAGCCGUCUCAGCCCCCACAGUUUCCCUGGCUCCCGUGUCGGGGUUGUGGAGCCACCACAUCAUGGGCUCUUGCAUCUCGCCCGCUUGGUCUUGCCUCGAUGUCUUUUCCUCCGUUACUACCACUUUUUCCCCGGUUCAAAAUAUAAUGACAGACAACAUGGUUUUGCACCCAGUACGCUCGCGACGCUUUCCUCGAACUAUUUCCAAGCCAUGAGCUCAAAGCUAAUCACAGCCCAGACUGACGCGUUGGAGCCCCCAUUUACACCAAGAACGAUCCCUCCCAACGCGCCAAAUGCACCACUCACCGCGUCGCAAACAUCAUUAGCCAAUGUUGGCGUCACCACAGGCCAGCAGCCUGUCCUGGACACAGCAUCGAACAUACCAUUGACAGGCCUUGACUCCUUGCCUACCAUUACAGGCAAGGGAGGCAAAGGUCACAAGAUAGUGCUUGCCAACAAUGCAAUCGAGCAGUUCCUAGACGAUGCCCUCAAUCUAGAGCGGCUGAACAAGAUCCAUAGCCUCUUAUGGAUGGCUGGUCGCCCCAUGCGCGCGCGGCCGCUCCAUCGCUACAAGAUGAUGGGCUUCCAUAUCCUUCCUACACAACAAAUGGAUCUUCACUUACUCAAAUUCUCAAAUAAUCUUAUCCUCAAACCGCUCCCAGAGUGGGUCUUGUCCCACGACUUCUGGACGGGUUACAUUUGCUCCAACAAAGCAUUGCACCGCUCAGCAUGCGGCUUUCUCCUCUCUUACGUCUGGCUCAUCACUACGCCCAUAGACUUGAAUCUCGCGCAUGACGAGACUCUUCUCCCGAGCUUCGUGACAUGGCACUGGUGGAAAGAUUUCGUUGCUGAUUUCUACGCACACGUGGAUGUCAACGCGCUACAUCAGGUGAAUCAGAGGUACCAGUUUGGUGAACUACGACUUAGUCGCAUCAAUACUAUUUACCGUACUCGGUAUUUUAGUACACAUUUUGUACGUGGCUACUUGUACGGGUAUAACCGUUACGUCGUCUUUUUCCAGCGCAACUUUAGUUGGAUCUUAUCCGUCUUCGUGCUAUUCAGUCUGGUACUCAGCGCUAUGCAAGUUGGCACCAGUCUACAGGAGUUACAAGGUAAUAGGACGUUUUUGAGGGGGAGUUACGGCUUCGUAAUCUUGAGCAUGGUUUGUGUCGUCGUGGUUUUGGCCGUGCUGGUGGUGGUAUUUGCUUUCAUCUUCUUAUUUAACAUGGGCGCUGCUAUCGGUCAUGUGAGAAGAGUGACGAGAGAUAGGAGGAAACAAGCUGCGGAAGUAGGAGAACGGCCCAAGGAAGGUGGUAAUGGAACGACGUACUCCAUAUGCUGUCCAGAUGUGCCGCACCCAAGUAAACCUAUUGUGUGA